CCGGAUUUUCAGGCAGGCAGUUGAAUAGACGGCAGCGUUUCGGGGUCCUUCGCAGUGGAGGUGACUUUCAGUAGCGGCGACCCGGACAAACGGAGACUGAAACAUUAUGGCACAAGCGGUGCAGAAAUUGGUUGCUAAAGUGCCGCAAGUCAUAGGCGCUACAGUGACCUACACCAGACCACGGCUGGCCACGUUUUGGCGCUAUGCUCGUGUUGAGUUGGUGCCUCCUUCUCCGGCAGAGGUUCCACAGGCCAUUGAAAGUGUCAAGGGGCUAAUUAAGAGCUUCCAGGCGGGCCGGCUUGGGCAGACCACAGUUAGGGAUGCUAUGAGGAACGGCCUGGUGGCAACUGAAGUUCUGAUGUGGUUCUAUAUUGGAGAAAUCAUUGGGAAAGGAGGCAUCGUUGGAUACAACGUUUAAACUGUGGACUGUCCUCUGCUGGUUUUUGUCUUUGUAUUUGCUUUCACCCAACAGCUACACAGUAUUUGGGGAUCCACUAAAUAAAUUAUGAUUAAACAAUGCGAGAAGUCGUGAAACUUGAGACAUCCCUGCACAGAAUACCUCUUUAUUUUGUCUAGAAAAGACAUCCCAUCCGGCAACUGGGUUGCAUUUUUCUAAUGUUCACUUUCAACUGGGUACUGUGGGUGCCUUGGGUUUUAAGUGAAGACAUUCUUCAUAGAUGGGUGUUAGAGUUCGGAAAGUCUAUCUUAAUAAUCAAUUUGCUUCCUGUGUACCAUAAUAAAAGAAGAUUAUUUUGCUGA